CUACGACACGCUUGUGCUCGUAUACUGCACUCAGGAACAGUCUUGUGGCCACACCUGGCAAUGUUAGGCGUUCCCUAAGAUCAGGGAGGAGAGUGUCGACCAGAGUCAGGGAGGAGAGUGUCGACCAGAGUCAGGGAGGAGAGUGUCGCCCAGAGUCAGGGAGGAGAGUGUCGCCCAGAGUCUGAGAGGAGAGUGUCGACCAGAGUCAGGGAGAUGUCUGUCCUUGAGCGACUAGGAACGUUCUUUUACAUAAUCGACCCCAGGAGAUCGACCUUCCAGCAUGUUGAGGAGAUUCCUGACUAUGUUAAUCAGGCGGUGCCGCUGUUCAUCACGAUGGUGGUGCUGGAGUGGACGGUGGUGUGGCUCCGGGACGGGGUGAAGUUCAGGCACAACGACCUCGUCACCUCCGUCAUGCACGGCAUCGUCUACGAUGUCCUGGGGCUGGUGGUGCUGCGAGGGUUCGCGCUGCUGGGGUACGAGUGGCUGUACGAGCACCGCCUCCUGCACCUGGACUGGUCGUCACCGGUGACCUGGGUGGUGGCCGCUCUGGGCGUCGACCUGGGCUACUACUGGUUCCACCGAGCCACUCACGAGAUCAACUUGGUGUGGGCCAGCCACCAGGUCCAUCACUCCUCCGAGGAGUACAACCUCUCCACCGCUCUCCGCCAGUCCAUGUUCCAGAAGUAUUUUUCCUUUGGCUUCUACCAGCCUCUGGCCCUGCUUGGGGUGCCCCUGGCGGCGGUCCUGGUGCACCUGCAGUUCAAUUUACUGUUCCAGUUUUGGAUCCACACAGAGGUGGUGAGGAAGUGCGGGCCGCUGGAGUGGGUACUGAAUACGCCGUCUCAUCACCGCGUCCAUCAUGGGGUCAACAAGUGGUGUCUGGACAAGAACUAUGCUGGCGUCCUCAUCAUCUGGGACCGUAUGUUUGGCACCUUCCAGGCUGAGCGCCACGACCAGAAGAUCACUUAUGGCCUGGUCGACCAGCCGAAGUCUCUUAACGUCAUAUGGCUCCAGGUCUUCUACUUUAGAGCAGUCUUCCGCAAGGCCCUGAGUAUGACCACGUGGGGGGACACCCUGAGGGCCCUCUUCUAUGGGCCCGGCUGGUUCCCCGGGACCCCGCGCCUCGGGGACCCGGACACCUUCCCAGACAUCAGGGGCCCAAGACCCAAGUAUGACCCACAGCUGCCACUGUGGCAGGAGGUCUACAUCCUCCUCCACUUCUUCCUCAUCUUGUUCCUCCAGCAACUGUGGAUCACGCACCUUGAGGUAAGAGGCACAGUCGGUUCUAGUUCGAGGUCUUCCAGUUGAACAUAAGUAUAAUUU